UAACCAAUCACCGCUGCGCUAAUGUUCGGCGGGCGGUACCAACAUGGCGGCUCUCUGAGUUUGCGAAGAGAAACUGAGGUGUAAAUAAACUCUUCGUGCACAUUUUGCACAACUUAUCAGCCUAUUUCUCUAAAUUAAUUUAUGAGCGAGUACUCUGAAGCCAAAAGAUGUCAGGUGACGGCAACAAAAAACAAUUCUGGAAGAGAAACACAGCCAAGGUUCCUGGGAAUAUCCAGCAUGUUUAUGGAGCCCAGCAUCCCCCAUUUGACCCUUUGCUACAUGCCAAUCUAAUGAAAGCAGGAAACAAGCCUCUGUCUACCACUACGCCAGGAAAACCAAAGAAAGCCACCACCUUCCAAGAGUUCGAGAGCAUCACCAGCGAUGCCUGGGAUGUGGGAGACGAUGAUGAUGAGCUUCUCGCUAUGGCAGCCCAAAAUCUCAACAUUGAGGUCGUCAUGGAGACAGCCAAUAAGGUGAUAGAAAACCACAGCAAGCUGCAGGAAAGAAGACAGCAGCAAAUGGACAAGAUGACUGAGCCUGACGAAAAAGAUGGACAGGAGGUGCACGAGGAAGAGGAGGAAGAACCAGAUGAAGAGGAUGAGAGAGAGGAAGGGGCAGAGACGACAACAGAUCUGUCGUUCAGUUCAGAGGCUCUUCCACUUAGUGACAACAGACUUGUGAAGUCACAGAGUGAAGCUCCUGUCGGCUCGCCUAAAGAAGUGGGCGUUGAACAGGCAGUACUACACAGACAGCAGUCACUCCCACACAGGCCUGUGAUUCCACUGGUGGCCCGCAUGGCAGAUCAGAACACAUCAGGAACUCCUGCCAUGACCGAGAGAGAGGCGUCAAGACUUGACAAAUUCAGACAGGUUCUGGCCGGGCCUAAUACUGAUCUGGAGGAGCUUCGGAAGUUGAGCUGGUCUGGAAUUCCACGGCAGGUGCGCCCAAUCACAUGGAAGCUGCUCUCAGGGUACCUGCCUGCCAAUGCAGAGCGAAGAGAAAGCACGUUGCAGAGGAAGCGGCAGGAAUACUUUGGCUUUAUUGAGCAGUACUACGACUCUCGUAAUGACGAACACCAUCAGGACACAUACAGACAGAUUCACAUUGACAUACCGAGAACUAAUCCUCUUAUACCUCUCUUUCAACAAGCUUCUGUGCAAGAGAUCUUUGAGCGGAUAUUGUUCAUCUGGGCAAUACGGCAUCCAGCAAGUGGCUACGUACAGGGCAUCAACGACCUUGUCACACCCUUCUUCGUUGUUUAUGUUUUCGAGUAUAUUGAGGAAGAGGUGGAAAAUUUCAAUGUUUCCAGCUUGCAGGAAGAGGUGUUGCGGAACAUCGAGGCUGACAGCUUCUGGUGCAUGAGCAAGCUCCUGGACGGGAUUCAGGACAACUACACCUUCGCCCAGCCUGGGAUCCAGAGGAAAGUGAAGGCACUAGAGGAGCUGGUCAGUCGGAUUGAUGAGACGGUACAUCGCCACAUGCAGCAGUAUGAGGUGGAGUAUUUGCAGUUCGCCUUUCGCUGGAUGAACAACCUGCUUAUGAGAGAACUUCCUCUACGCUGCACCAUUCGCCUGUGGGACACUUAUCAGGCAGAGCCCGAAGGAUUCUCUCAUUUCCAUUUGUACGUGUGUGCUGCCUUCCUGGUGCGAUGGAGGAAAGAGAUACUAGAGGAGAAAGAUUUCCAGGGUCUGAUGAUUCUGCUCCAGAAUCUACCCACAAUGCACUGGGGAAAUGAGGAAGUUAGCGUUCUCCUAGCUGAAGCUUACCGGCUGAAGUUUGCCUUUGCCGACGCCCCUAACCAUUACAAAAGAUGAGGCUUCGCUCAGCACAAUCACUGAAUAUGACGAGCCCUACUGACCUCGGAGGCGUAACUGUCUGUGUAAUGAUACUGAACUGAAACGAUGACAUUUUUAUGGAGGUGGGAAUAUGGUCUUCAACUGUUCCUGGAAUUUUUCCGCAUUUCUACUAAUAUCAGCACUCCGAAUGCCAUGAUGAGUUACCCGGAUGUCAAAUUCAUGCACUCUUGAAAUACACUAAUCUUUUUUCAUAUGGUUUUCUUUUUUAAUUUAAUCACAACAUUUUCCAAGAUUUUUUUUUUCCUCACACCGUGUCUGCGGAAAAGUUCAUUUAGAUGGCAGGAUUCUAGGAAGUAACAGCAACAGUAGGGUGGAUGCAGGCCCAAUUGAUUCAUGGCAAUAAUACGACAUCACUCAAAAAACAUGGCUUAUAAACAUCCGCAGUAAGGUCGUUUGGCUUAAACAGCGCCUACGAACACUUAUUUUCACCUUGGUCUACCUCAGGAAGCGGCCAGGAUUCGUAAGGUGUUCAUUUUGUCUCUGUAUGUGAACCGUGCCCAUGGAGUCAAUAAAAUUUGCCUUAUUUUGGCUGUUUGAGUUUUGCGAGGCACAGGUUCAGUGAACGAAAGGCAGCUGGAGAUGCAAACUGAAGAACUGAUUCAAUUUUUGCUUUUUCUGUUGCUCAUGGCCCUGUCAUUUUGACGUCCCAUUUUGAUAUUGAUAUAAUAAUCCGUACUGACUGUACAACGCUGUCAUUAAUUGAUGUGUUUUGGGGAUAUCAGCUUCUGACUUUUGACAUUUUGUCAGUAUUUGAACUGUGCGCUGCUUCAAUCAUGUCAUCAGGCUUUUUAAUUUGUGUGCCAGUUCGUACAACUAAAUAUAAGUAAAACUGCACUUGAUAAGUCUAUUUUCCUCCUUUUUGUACAAGAUAUAUUCUACGAAUCUGCUUUUUUAAAUUCUUUCUUCUUUUUUUAUAUCCUGUUUACAUGAGCCUGUUAAGUUGUGCCUAACUCUAGAGAUUGAUGACAUCACAGAUAUUUAUUUUACAUUCAUGAUCAUUUAGGAUGUGGCAAAGCAGAACAUUUGCCUUGACAACAUUUGCUCCUGCAUAAACAGUGAAUUCAGCAGCUCUACCGCUGUCCUUUGGCUGUUUGAUGGGCCGUAGAAUUGAAGGAAUUUACUGUAACUGACAUUCAGUGCCUGGACAACAUGGAGUUACAGUACGAGCUAUGUGGGGUGCUGGGAGAUUUGCUGGAUACCAAGCUUCUUGACUUAGUUUCUUAACUUCGAACUACAGAAACGUCAGAAUGGAUUUUAAAAGAGGUGUGAGUGAAAUGUUCUAAAAUGUUCUUGAAUUAAAUAGCUGUGUACAGAAUUAUGUUUUCAAAGAUAUGUAAAUAGAAAAAUGUAAAUAAAUACUAUAUAUAUGAUUAUAA